AUGGCCAUAAACUUUGGCGACUACGCCAGCGGGUUCCGUCACUGCGAUGUGAUCAGAUUCAUCAACAAUGAGGUCCUUACGAACGGGGGCGGCCCUGAUUUCUACCAGGCCUUUCGCUCGCAGCCCUGGAAUGAGGUAGAGGACCGGCUGCGGGCCGUCCUCGCUGACCCAAAGGUGCCGCGCGCCAUGAAGAGGGCCUGUGCCUGGAGCGCGCUGGCCUUGAGCGUGCGUGUGGGCGCGAGGCAGCAGGAGGAGCAGGCGACCCAGGUCCGGUGGCUGCAGGAGCGGGUUGGGGAGCGUGAGGUGGCUUACUGGGCCCUGGCCGCUGAGCUGCAGCGCCUGCGCGAGGAGCACGACGAGGCAGCAGUGCAGCUACGAUGCGCACGGGCCGCCCUGCGGCAGGUGAUACAUGACCGAGAUACACUGCACGGGCGACUGCGUCAGGUCGAGAGAUCAGCCCAGGUAGCCCCACUGGCCGAUCGGAUGGUGCCUGGGCCUCAACCUUUGCAGCCUGUGGCCACAGCAUGGCCCAUGGAUACAAAUGGGCAGGGCCAGAUGGUGGCUAUGGUGCCACUCGGCAUGCCGCAUUCAGAGGGUCAGAUGGCAGCCCCAGCAGGUGUGCUUUAUGUACCGGCACCCCAGAGCCUCUGGGUCCAAGCCAUGCCACCCCCUCUGCCAAUGUCAGUGGCACAUCCAUACCCAUUGCCUGUGCCAUUCCCAAUGGAAUUCCUGUACUCCACACCUCUACCACCCUCAGCAGGAGAAGCAGCAAUGGCAGCAACAGCAGCAGUCAUACCCCAGAUGUCUACUCCAGUAAUCUACCCACCUGGCCCGUGGGCUGCAGUGGGGGCCCAAGGAGAGAUGGCCCCACCGUAUGACCAGUGUUGCUAUGGCCAGGAGAAAGAUCCUGAGAACCUCCAGGGGAUAGUUUCCCUGGAGGACAGUGGAAGCCACAGCCAAGAGAAAGAUUUUGUGUGUCCCCAGGGGACAUCCUCCCUGGGGGACAGCAGAAGCCACAGCCAGAAAGAAGAUCCUGAGAGGCCCCAGGGGGAAGCCCCCCUUGGAGAUAGCAAGAACCACAGCCAGAAGGAAUGUCCAGUGAUGCCCCAGGAGAAGAACCCCCUGGAGAACAGCAAGAGCCACAACCAAGAAGAAGGUCCAGAGACACCCCAGGGGACAUCUCCCCUGGGGGCCAGCACAAGCCAUGGUGUGAGAAAAAGCCCAAAGAAACAGCAGCCUCAGGAGGAGAAGGCCAAGCAACCAAAAGGGAAAAAAGCCUCAGAUUCCCAGCAUGGGGCGAAGCCUGCCUUAGGCUUCAAUCCAAAGAAUUGGGAGUGCCCGUGGUGUAAAGAGAUGAAUUAUCCAUGGCGCAAGGCCUGCUACAAAUGCAAGCAAGUCUGCGUGGUAGAUGAGAGUGAAGGCCUGGACGCAGGACAAACCGAAUAA